UCCGUUGCUGCGAAUAUGUCCAGUGGCUGGACGCUGAAUGAGCACAAGGAAUUACAGACAGAGCCGAAAGCAGGAAUGAAGCGAGCUAGGAACGAAGCGGUGAACAAACUGACAGUGGUGCUUGGUGCCCAGUGGGGAGACGAAGGCAAAGGAAAAGUGGUCGAUUUGUUGGCGACGGAGGCUGACAUCAUUUGCAGAUGCCAGGGAGGCAACAAUGCGGGUCACACGGUGGUGGUGGAUGGUAAAGAGUACGACUUCCACCUCCUCCCCAGUGGGAUCAUCAAUUCCAAAGCUAUUUCCUUCAUCGGCAAUGGAGUGGUUAUACAUCUCCCAGGCUUGUUUGAAGAAGGGGACAAAAAUGAAAAGAAAGGUCUGAAGGGCUGGGAAAAGCGACUGAUCAUCUCUGAUCGGGCUCACAUAGUGUUUGAUUUCCACCAAGCUGUGGAUGGACUCCAGGAGGUCCAGAGACAAGCACAAGAAGGGAAGAACAUUGGCACCACUAAGAAGGGUAUCGGUCCAGCCUAUUCAAGCAAAGCUUCUCGGACGGGGAUGCGUGUCUGUGACCUUCUUGCCGAUUUCAAGGAGUUCUCCACCAGAUUUAAAAACCUUGCCCAGCAGUACCAGUCCAUGUUCCCCACACUAGAGAUUGAUGUGGAUGCUCAGCUGAAAAAACUGAAGGAAUAUGCCGAGAGGAUAAGGCCCAUGGUGCGAGAUGGUGUCUACUUUAUGUACGAGGCUAUUCAUGGGCCCCCAAAGAAAAUCCUGGUGGAGGGGGCUAAUGCUGCCUUGCUUGACAUUGACUUUGGUACAUACCCCUUUGUGACAUCAUCAAACUGCACUGUGGGCGGAGUGUGUACUGGCCUGGGUGUUCCCCCAGUGAAUGUGGGAGAGGUGUAUGGAGUGGUUAAGGCUUAUACAACUAGGGUAGGCAUUGGAGCCUUCCCAACUGAACAGCUCAAUGCUGUGGGUGAGCUUUUGCAGACGAGGGGUCAUGAGGUGGGAGUCACCACAGGCAGGAAGCGUCGUUGUGGAUGGCUAGACCUCGUCAUCUUGCGAUAUGCCCACAUGAUCAAUGGUUUCACUGCCUUUGCACUGACAAAACUGGACAUCCUGGAUGUGCUGGAUGAAAUCAAGGUUGGAGUGGCAUACAAGCUGAACGGCAAAAAAAUUCCUUAUUUCCCAGCAAACAUGGAGAUCCUGCAAAAAGUAGAGGUGGAGUAUGAGACACUACCAGGCUGGAAGAGUGAUACAACAGCUGCCAGGAAGUGGGAUGAUCUCCCACCGAAAGCCCAGAAUUACAUCCGCUUCGUGGAGAAUCAAGUUGGUGUACCCAUUAAAUGGGUUGGUGUUGGAAAAUCCAGGGAAUCUAUGAUUCAGAUGUUCUAGACCAUCAAGCCAGCCCUUUCCCUCUGACAGUUUUUACACAAUUCCCUUCUUCAUGGGUUCUUCAUCUCCAAAACAUGUUUCCUCUUUACUGGGACCUGUCAACACCAGUUUAGGGAACCCAGGAGUGUGCAUGGUAUGCUGUCAAUGCUACAAUACAGAAGAUCUUGAAGUUUAAUGAAACUGGUCAUUUAUUUGUCUCAGUUGGGUAUCCAGCUGCAGCAAUAAGAAGAGAGGUCUGAUUCUCUUGCAGUUUUGAGUUCUGAUCUUUGAAUUUCAGUAACAGAAGUCUUAGUUUGACAAAUGGACUGGAGUACACAAAUCAAGGUUUCCUAUAGCCAAUCUGUGUUUUUUGCAUGAAUCCAGAUGAUUAAUUGUUUACUGCUGUGUGUCAAGGAAGUACACAUGGGUGCUGUUCUUUAAAUUUGUACCACACAUAUUAAGCAUUGACAUUUUCUUAAUGAAAUGUUUUGAGGAAAGCCAUUAACCUAAGAGAUUGUCUCUUGCAUGCCCAUGAAACAAAACCACGGUUCACCAUCAUUCACCACGAAGAGUAAAAUAACAUUACAGGGUGUUUUCCUCCAUACCCUAAGGCCAUACAAUAGUGACACAGUGAAUUCUGAAGGCCAGUUACCUUGGUGAUUAUCUUUAUUACUAUCUGUCAUUCUGAAGGGAUCUGCUGAGACUGUGAAUGUUCUCACAUGCAUUGCAUAGACUUGAAUAAAUAUUGGCCAGUAUGUUAUGCCAAAAAUGCUUAUAA